AUGAUGAGAUCUCCAGUGAAUACAUUGGAUGUAAACACAAGUUUUGAUGAUAAUGACGAGAGUCUGAUAUCAAAGACUGUGGUUACUCCAGAAAUGUCUGAUGAAAAUAACGAGAAAUUCAUACAGAAUGCAACCGACACCAUAAAGUCAAUCAAUGAAUUAUUAGAAAAGAGUAGAUUGGGAACAUUAGGUCAAACAAAUAAUGAAGAUCAAGAUCAAGACGAGAACGAAGAUGAAGAUGAAGAUGACAAAGAGAAUAAACAUAGUAAUAUAGAUAAUAAGAAUAAUAAAAAAGUUAAAAAAUCAUUAAGAAAACAAAGGAAGGACAAAGAGAAGGAGAAGAGACAUAAAGAAGAGGAAGAACAAGAAGAAGAAGAAGAUGAUAAUCAACAAGGAAAUGAGGAAGAAAAGGAAUCAGUUACUAAACUUUCAAAAAAGAAAUCAAAGAGUGCUGAUAAAGAUAGUUCUGAUGAUGAAGAUCAAGAUGAAGAUAAAGAAGAAGAAAGAGAAGAUGACAGUGGAGAUGAAGACAAAGAGGAAGAUGAGAAUGUAAAGAGAGUAGUAGAUCCAAAUGAUUUCGAUGAGACCUGUAUAAAUGAAGAUGAAUCAGAUCAAGAGAAUGAUGAUAACGAUGAAGAUUAUCAAGAGGAGAAGAGAGGUAACAACAAACAGCAGCAAUCAUCGAAAAAAGAUAAGAAGAAGGACAAGAAGAAUAAGAAGAAAAAGAAAGGUACUACUAAAGAUGAUGGUGAAUCCGAAAGACCAUUGCCAUCCAAAAGAACAAAGAAACCAGUGGCAUCUUCAACUGCCAAGAAUGACAUUUCAGAGAGAAAACCAUUAAUGUUAUUAACUUCAAAAACAUUGAUUCCUCCAUCACCGAUUGUAAAGAAAAGAAAUAUCUUUGAGUUCUUUGGUCAGGUUAAACCGAUUGCUGUUGGUUCACCAAUAUUGAGAAACAACAACAACAACAACAACAACAACAACGUUGUUGAUAACCGUGCAAACGAUGAUAAUGAUGACGACGACGACGAUAUGGAUGAUCAAGCCAACAAUAGUUUUGGUAGCAGUAUCAAUGGCAGUGCUGCAGAUCGCUCUUUCUCUGAGGAGAGUGUCAACGACCAGAGCAAUAACUCUAGCAUGCUAUCGAAUGGCAGUCAGAGGAAUACACCAUCCAAGAGUAACAACAGAUCUUUAGUUGAUACAACUAACAAUGAUUCAGAUGAUGAAGAUACAACUACAGCAACAAUAACAACAACGACAUCAAAUAUGCUUGACCAAAUCUUAUCAGACAAACAUAUGAAUGACAAAGAGGAAAGUGACAAACAAUCAUCUGUUAAAGAUGUAGUAGUUGACAACGAAGGAGAUGAAGAUGAUAAACAAGAACAUGUUAAAAAGCAAAUUUUUAAGUUACCAUAUGAGUCUACUUUGGAAAUGGAGAAUGAUUUAAGACAAGAACAAAAUGAAGAGAAAGAGGAAGAAGAAGAAGAUCAAACUAAAUCAACACCAUCUAAUAGUGGACAAGCAAAGAUUGCAUCGUUAAAGUUAAACUACGAAGAUGAAGAUGACGAUAUAAUCACAGAGGAUAAAGAUGAUGAUGCUGACUUGUUUGAUGAUGAAGCAGAGGUUCAGAUACACACUAAUGAAGAUGAAUAUAAUGAAGAGGAAGAGAAGCAUAGUGCAAAGAUAUCUAUAGAUAAUGAGGAGGAGGAGGAGGAAGACGAGGAAGAAGAAGAAUAUGACGAAGAAGACGAGGAGGAAGAGGAAGAAGAAGAGGAGAUUGAUAACGAUCAAGAAAGAAUCAAUAGAUUAAACAUAAAUCGAGAUUUAAUGGAUAAAGAGAUGGAGAAGAUUCAAUCGGUUGCCUCUGGUGAGUGGAGAAAGCGUAAAUUCGAUGAAGAGGAAAUAGAUGACACCACGGUAACCGAUGAGUACGAUGCUGCUGCCUCUGCUACUGUUGUUUCAAUCUCGGUGACCGAACAACAAACAACCAUACAACAAAGAAAGAAGAAGAGAUCAGAGUUGAUGUCAUCGACCAACAGCAGUGUCAGUUCAAGUCAAUCCAGUCUGCUAACAACACUCUCUGCCGACGGAGACGACGAUGACCUCAGUGAAGAUGAACAAGAAGCAGAGAAGCGUCUACAACGUACUAAAGUCUUCAAUCAACUUAGAAGAAGUACAAGUGCUGGAUUACCAACAACUAACAACAACAGCAGCAGCAGCAGCAAUAACAAUAGUAGUAAAAAUAACAAUAAGAAUAUUGGUCAUAGACAUUUGGCAAAAGAUCUAUUUGGUAAUAGUAAUGAAGAUAAAGAACUUCUAUCAAUGAUUAAUAAAUCAAAAGCCAACAAUCUUAAUAAUAAUAAUAAUAAUAAUAACAACAAUAACAAUAAUAACAAUAAUCAAAUACAACCACAGACAAUAGUCGCAUCAUCACUACCUCAUACAUUUAGUGAUGACUAUGAAUAUUCAUAUUCCAACUCAACAUUUAUGGUGAGCAGUGAAAAGUUAGAGUCACUAAAGAAACAAGUUGACAAACAAACCAAUCAAGUACCCGUUUUCUUUUCAAAGAAGAAGUCUAAUGCCAACUAA